AUGAGUAAGGAUACUGGAUUUUUGGAGGAUUCAACUGGUGAUCUUGCCAGAGCACUUAGAAGAUCGUGGUCAGAGCCGCAGGACAGCAAGACCCCAUAUCAAGAUUCACCAAUUAGCACUCCCCAGUGUAAUCAGUACCAUAACGUUUCACCAGGUGGUGGUUCAUUCACUUCUGCAGGUUCACAAGUGGCUUCACUUACUGGUAGUUCUGAUAAAACCCAUAGAGGGAGCCUUGGUGAUGGUUCCCCGGAUUACCACUUGAUUGAAAGGCAUUAUUCAUUGAUGGAACAACCGAAUGUUGGUAAUAAAUCUACUGGUUCUGGUUCUGGUGGUAGCAUUGAUGACGGUAUGUUAGAACAAGCUAUGCAAGAGUCAUUACCACCCCUGAUGCCCGCACCUGUGGCCAUGCCCCUAAGACGUGGUUCUAUACAAGAGGUACAGAGGGUAAGACAUUUGUUAAACCCAAGAAGUUCAUUCUCAGGUGCACCACCAGAGGAACCUGAAUUACAAGAGGGUUGUAGUGUUAGUUGGGUCACCAUAUUAGCCAAUAGUUCACCAGAAUAUGUUGAGCCUAUACUAGUACUUCAAGAAUCAUUGAAAUCUGUGAAUUCAAAAUUUGGAUUGUGUGUUAUUCACAAUUCCGAAGUCGAUAGUUCUAUGAUAAGGGAAAAAGGUAUUGAGACAGUUGCAUUCGAUAAGGCGAAGCUACCAGAAUUGUUCAAGAAAAGUAUAAAUCCACAUUCCAUAUUAAUGGUAUUUAUGGCAUUAGCGGGCAAGUAUGACUUAGUAUGCUAUCUGUCCCCCACAUGUAUGGUAUUAGAAAAUAUCGAUGAUCUCUUAGGCAGUGAAGAAAUUGGGAAUGAAAUUGACAAUGAAACAUGCGUGUUAUUAACCAAUUCAACACCAGAUCCUCAAAUUAUCAUCUUAAGGCCUUUGGUAGAUGUGGAAAUGUGCAUCAGAGAAUUCUUUACGGUUUACGGCGAUGACUGUGAUGAGAAAAGUAGUAAAUUGACCAGAAUGCGAGAUUACGACGUUUUAGAAACACUUUUCCAAGAUUCCUGGAGUAGACUUGCUACUGAUGAAUACUGUGAAACCUUACCAGAGAAACCAUCACCGUCAGAGAAAAGCUUCCCACACAAAAUGGUUGAUUUUGAAUUACAAAAGCCUUGGAUAAUGCACGAAAAGCAAGAUAUGGGCCCUCUGGCAAGUAGGUGGCAUCGCCUAUGGUUACAAACUUCCCGCAGGCAGGCUAACGACAUGUAA